AUGGUGAAAAAGAAGGCAAAAUCUUCCAAGUCAACCAAAAGACGAGGAUCAUGGCAAAUGGAGGAUGUUCAAGUGCAGACAGGCCUACCCCCUCAGGUGGAUGGUCAGUUGCGAUGUUUCUGUCGAUUAAACAUUGACCAAAUCCACUGGCACUCCCCUAAUCCUCCUGAUGUCACACAUGUCAGGGUGAAGUGGUGGGGUGAAGAUGGUGAUGGAGCUUUAUUCAGACCACUAAAUGUGAAAAGAGGUGAUAAGGGUCCAGCUAAGACAACAGCCAGGUACCCAGUAAGGUCUGGUCCAAGACAGUUUGCAUCAUAUCUAGUGGACAUGGGUAGUCUGGCAGUGGAGAUUCUCAGUGGGCCUAUGAUGAUUCCAGUGGGGCAGGCAGAAAUAACACAAAUAGGACUUCUGUCUAACACCAGGCCUAUCGAUGGGAUGUACCCUGUAUUUUCACCACGAGAAGAAAAGUUGGGAGAAAUCCAUGUAUCAUUAAUACUGGAAUCUUUAAUGGCCUCCUAUGACAGCACUGGGUCUAUACCAACUACAGACAUCAGUAUGGAAACUCAAGCAACACAGGAGUCAAUGUAUCCACAGAGAGUUCAGCCAAUACCUCACUCCCAGGCCCCUCAAAAACCAGUGGAGGAUCCUUUUAUCUCUCCAGCAUCCCAUCAAAAUGGCCUUCAGAAUGGUUAUGUCGACCGGGCAGAAGACCUCCGAAAACAAUUAAACUACAGUCUGCAGGAAACCGAGGAGAGACAAUUGUCUGGGAUACAGUCAGGCAGCACUGUGGCCAUCACAACUAAUGGGGAUGUGGUCACAACCAACCUAAGUCAGGACCUACCAUCUGCACAGAAUAUUCCUGCCGGCAGACAGUCCCAGUCAGACCUCCUGUCUGUGCUGCUUGAUCGUGGGAACAAGCUUCGAGACCAGAUGAUCAUAUCUUCUGUGGAUGAGGGUGGGCCUCAGACUAGUGUCAAACAGUCAUACUUGCCUCCUAAAGAUGAGGAGUUACACACAAACCAACCAGAUAUGCAAGAAGAAAGACGCAGUUCAGUAGGAAGCCUGCUUAAAGAGAUUCUUAAGGCAGAAAAGGGAACAACUGACAUCUCACAGACUGACUGUGAUCCUGUCGACUUUGUAUUAGGAAACCAGCUGACAGACAACUUGCAGAUACUAAAGAUGAUGGGAGGAAGUCCUAGAUCUAGCAUAUCACAGGACUUAGAUCUAAUGAGUGAUCCUGGUGAUCCGGUUCACAGCGAGUCGAUCCUUCAGGAACUCUUCUACAAAAAUAUGGAGAGUGAUUUAAGUGGAGUCAGUGAACUUAGUGGAGAUGAGCACCCUUUACCAUUUAAGCAACAAAAUGGAGAACUACAUACUUCAAUGGAGGACCCAGCUAAUGUUAGGCCUCCUUCAAGACGAUCAUCUGUCACUAGCCUCGAGUUUCCAGAACCUCCUCCAUCUGAGGAGUUGGAGGUUAAAAAGAAGAAAAAGAAGAAACAAGAUGAUGUAUCAUUAAAAGUGCCUAAGCGAAGGUCUCGUGUGAAAACGAAAGUUAAGGGAGGGAAGAAGAGGAGACGGUCACGUAGUAGUGCACGAAGUAGUGCUAGUGAGGCUAGUGAUAGUGAAUUAAUGACUGCACGCUCAGAGGUCUCACAAGUUUCAUUUGACAUGCCUGCCUCAGAUCUGGAUGAACCAGAGGAAGAAAAGCCUGUGAAGCGACAUCAAGGCAAUGGCCUCAGUGUGGAGCGAUUAACACUGCUGGGGAGGGUUCAUGUCGCAAGGGUGAUUGUAGAUUCUCUAUAUCUAGGAGGCGCCCAGGAUCUCAAUUCCUCCAAGAGGAAGGGUAAAGCAGGAAAACCACCGAAACCCUCUCCUAAAGCCAAAAAAUCAGUGACCUACUUCAUUGAGUAUCAGUUUCCUGUUGUGGCCACGUCCAGAGAUAAGUACUCGCCUAAUGCUAUGGCAACGGAGGUGAUGCGUGUGGCUUCCAAAAAUGUUAAGGAUGGAGUGGUCAGCUUUAACCAUAGAUCUGUGUUUCCCAUCAUGUUUGAUGGUAGUGCUGUGGAAAAAUGGUGGAAGUCUGCCCUCAUCUUUAAGCUGUUCUCGCGUACCGCAGGACAGAAAGUGCCGACGUUGGUAGGUAGUUGUGGGAUCCCCCUCAAAAGCAUUCUACGGUCUGACAACCUACAAGUGGGUCGAGAGCUAGAGAUUCGGGAGAGUGGACGUAACUCCUCCUUCAAUUCUUCUCUCCGGGGCAGUCUAGACUCCUACUACGGUUCUCUCAAGGUGUCUAUAGAGUUGGCAUCAGACAGCAAAGAUUUCUCCUCAGCCCUGGCCAGAGCCAAACUAGCAGAAAUGAGUGGAAAGGCCAAGUUUGUGCCAAUACCUCAGACGGUGCCACCUCCCCCUCCCCCACCUGUACAACUAGACAAACCGCCACUACCCCCUGACUUCAUACCUAGUGCUCAAAAUACUCAGCUGUCCUCAAUGGUGCUACAGAACCCUACCUCACACACAGGUAAAGAUCCACAGACUAGCAGUCUGGGCUCACUGUUACCUGCCCCUGGUCCAUCCCAGCCUCCUAGCUUGGAGUCUUACCACAUGCCCCCACAUGCCAAUGCAGAGGCGAUGACUCUGCACACUUUACUGCUGAUACCAGAAGGUCAUAACAUCACAAUUCAGGGUAUUCCAUCCCUGUCCUCCAUCAAACGACAUCCUGUCUUCCCACCUCAGCCGCAUGCCUUAUCUACAACAGGAAUGAAGGCUCGGGACACCAACACCAGAAAUACCUACCUUGUGUGUCGGAUGUUCUGGUGCAAUGAUGCUGUCCACUCCAAUGUCUGUUGGGGAACAUUUGAGCCCCAGUUCAACUUUGCUCAGAUUGCCCCUGUGUUACUGUCUGGGUCGUUAUUGGAGAGAAUGAGGAACAACUUUAUGGUGGUAGAAGUCUGGGACAAGAAAACUUCUGCUGAAAAUGACAAGUUGAUUGGAAUCGUCAAAUUGAGCUUACAUCAGUUUUAUAUGUCCUUCCGAGACAACAAGAUAUCUAACGCAUUACUGAAAUCACAGUAUCCUGUGAUAUCUGUGGACAAUUACCUGCCCAUAGUGGAUCCUCUGAGUGGGGUACAGUUUGGUCAGAUCAAAGUCCUGUUGGCCAUGGGCUCUGGAGAACAAGUUACAGAACUACAGCGGCUCAAACUAGAUGGUCCAAUACUGCGGCCACCAGAACGACCACAACACUUCCUGGAAAGGUUUGAUAUGAUGAGACCAGGCAGUCAUGGUCCUGUAUAUAGUCAGUCCAGAGCAGAUAAUUCAGUGGAACACAUUUUUGAAGUGGUGAUAGAAGGUAUCCGAGGCCUUGCACUGUUUGACAACAUGAUUUGGGGUGAGGCUGACUGUUUUAUACAGUACCAUUUUCCUGUACAGCAACACUCGGACCAGCCUGCUUCAUCACCUGCCAAAAAUGGUAUACCCAGUAUGAAGUCAUUCCGGACAGCUACAACUCUUUGCAUUCCUGAUCCCACUUUCAAUGAUAUUACACGUCACAGAAUAGUGCUUGCCCAGACAACUCCUGUACAGAGAGAGUUACUAACAGCUUGUGCGGGCGCUGGAGGAGGCAGUGGAGGUAUUCCAUUUGAGGUUUGGUGCCGGUAUUACCAUCCCAACAUCAGGGACCAGUGUAUAGCUAAGACAAGUUUGCCACUUGCCAAGCUGUGUGCCAUGGUAACCAUGCAGAAGAGAGGGGAGCCAUCAGUACAAUCCUUUGGCCUCCCACUGAAACAGGUGGCAGUAGAUACAGAAUUAUCAGAAAGAGGGAAACAAUCUCAGAUGACAGAAUCUGGACUAAUGGAUGUUACUGUUCACUACAGAACUCAGACUUUACAGAAUGAGCAGAGUCAAGCAGCCAAUAAGAAUCUGUCGGGGACCCAGAUUUGUGUAUCUGUUGGUGUCAUCAGGGCUUCAGGACUCAAGGCCGCAGCUGAAGCUAUUGCUCGCCUGGACUCUGGGAUGCAGUACCCUGCAGAGGUGGGCGUGAACACUUACGUGAAGAUUCGAAUGUCAUUCUUGUCCAAGGAGGAUGAGAGGAUAACCAGGACCAUUGCCAGGACAUUUGCACCGGAGUUUUCUCACCACAUGGACUUUCCUUGUCCUUUGUUGUGGACAGAAGCGGACAAUGAUGCCCUGGCUCUGGCUGAGAUCCUAGAGACAGCUGAGAUUACAUUGGAGAUGUGGCACCAGGUCCCUGGACUGGCCUCUGAUCUAGACAGGCAGAUAGCACAACAGACCAAUUCUGAGGUCCAAGGUCGACGACUAGUGGAGAAAACACAAGAUGUAUUACUGGGAACUACCACACUGCCCCUUGCUGCCCUCCUCACCAACCGUACAGGUAUCAGUGGGUGGUUUGCUGUAAAUCUCCCUCAGGUUGGCUGGCAGCAGGAUGCCAAGUACACGGAGGAUGACGAGGACAGGACCGUACCUUGUAACCAAGGUCUGGAACGAGUGGUUGGUGGAGUUGAGCUGGUGGUCAAGUUUGCACACCACAAUGAUCGUGACAGAGUGAUCCAUGCCGCUCGAGGGGUGGGCUGGUCACCCAUCGACCUUGAUGUGGAGGAUGAGGAAGACUGGCAGAGUGAUGAUGAAGGAUGCGGUCAGUACCACCAGAUCACUGUUUGUAUGGACCAAGUAAGCUUCCCUCUGCAGAACGCCCUUAUAGCUGGGCAAACCAAUCUUGACAAAACAGCCCGUUGCUACGUCCGAUAUAAACUUUAUGAUAAGAGUGCGGUGGUAUCUAAGAGUGUCAAGUGUCGUAUAUUGGACACGGGCUACAUUUUGUCUCACUGUGACCACAAACACGAAUUCCAGAUACCUAUCAGCUCACCAUUUAAAUGGUACCUGCGGGAAGAAAAGCUGGAGGUACAGGUGUGGGUGAGCUAUGGUAAGAAGGAGAGCAAUCAGAAGACACAGCACAGAGAUAAACUGAUUGGCACUACGUAUAUAGGACUAGACGCUCUCAAUGACCAGCGUCGCAGACAGCACAGGAUCAGUGGAAUGUUCCCGCUAUACAAACCAGGCGCAGCUAGUCUGGGGGGAGCCUUCCUUAGGGCACAUGUAACUGCUAAACCACAGUUCGGGAGUGUCGCCAAGCAAUCUGACAAUGAGGCAGACGAGAAGUCAUCAGAGAGUGAAGUAGAUGAAGAAUACGACCCGAAUGACAGUUUCCAUCAGCUGAUGGGGAGAAAGAAGUCAAAGUCGAGUGCAGAUGUACCUCACCUUGAGAGAGUGGAGGAGGAUUCCACUGUUCCACACUUCCCUGUUGUUAUAUCCGUUGAUCGUGCCAUGCAUUUACCGCUGAUCAGCGACAAAAAUAGAUCUGAGGAGUAUCUGCCAAAUACCUAUGUGUCUUACCAGACAUCUGAGAGUGCCAGCCCUGCUUACACACAGGUCUUCUACAACUCAGACAACCCAGUCUGGGAUGACCAGCAGGAGACACGGCUCAGCACUGAGCUUCUCUACCAGGAAAACAAGAAUCUGGUAUUCAAAGUUUGGCAUAAACCCCAGAGUGCUUCAAAGGAUCCUGACAAGUCCUCUGACCGUGUGCUAGGGUUCGUAUCUGUGGAUCUGACCCCACUGACCUCAGGACUUCUACAGAUCUGUGGCUGGUACAAUGUCAUGGACUUCCAUGGCCAGUGUCGUGGUCAGAUCAAGGUGAACAUUGUGCCACAGGAUGAUGUAACACAGUAUUUACGAGGCAUCCCAGGCCAGCCUGUGGCCACAUCCUUCUACAACCAACCUUCCAGUCUUCCGUUUACUGUCAACUCCUCCGUCCACAACAUGAUGCCCUCAGAACAACCAAUAUCACUUCCCACAGAUCUACGUCCCUUUUCCUCCAAUCUGCCAAACUUUGACAUAGUGCGAGAACAUCAGGAACAGUUACAGCAUCAGCUGAGCGAGAAUAUCCGCCAGUUCCUGCGUAACCAUGAAAUGUCAUCACAGGAUUCCUCAGACGAUUCACCACGCCCUGAGGUGUCACCUCACUGGCAACCUCCAAGUCUUAACGAGAUCAAGGUGGAUGACAGUGCUGCUUGUUCACGCUCCAUCAUGUUCUCAUCUCUCAGAAAACAAAUGCAAGAUUUAGAUGAUAUCACAUCAAAGUUGAAGCAGAAGCUGGUUUCUCCCCCCUCUGUGAAAAAUCCCUCACGGAGUGUGUCAGAAAUACACGACUCUGAUCACAUGACAAAUGCUCCCAUUCAGUCGAUUAUCUCCCCACUGUCGACCCUACAACUGACCUCAACUCUGAGAGCCAAUGAUAGUGAGCUACUGCUAACAGGGUCAAAUGAAGGUGAGUCAUCACGGACUGCUGUUGACUCGGGGGCCUUCUCUGUAACUCAGUCUAGUGAGAAAUACCAAGAUGCUUUGGAUUCUCAGAGAAGUAGUGAGAGAAUGGAUACUCUGAGAAUGGGAGUAACGCCUCGUGAAUUUGAUAAUACUGGACAGGAUGGUUCAACUCCACAGGAGGCACAGAAAAGCUCUGGUUCUACACCAAGAGACGCACACAAUUUCAGCGACACUGGUAUACACAUGGGCUACACUCCGAGAGACGACACAUCAGUGUCAACUGGGGGAUUUAACAUAGUGAACACUCCACGAGAUCAGAUCAGGGUGGAUACUUCAACAUCAGGUAGUGGCCUGACCUUUACACAGGAUAGUAAUUUUAAUGCUAGAAACAGGAAUGUGAGUGGAAGUAGUAGUGCUUCAUUAGGAUUCUCUUAUCAGGGAGAACAAGGAAACAGCACUGCCAGUAGUUACAGGAACAAUGUAGGGAUAACAGUGAAGAACAUCACUCCAAGGACUCAGGACAGCGAUGUGAAGGAAAUGAGUGUGAUUCAGGAGUUCACAGAAAAUGAGGAUGACACAGGCAGCAAUAAUGGAGAGGAGGAUGAACAAUACUACCAGGAAUACCGGGACAUUUUGGAUGAACAGGAGAACGAAGAUGAAUCUGGUAAUGAGGAGGAAAAUGUUGUGGUUCCUAGAACGUUAAAUGAUGUUUCAGGCAAGUUUGGAGGUAUCCCAGGUCAUUCUGUUUACAUGGACAGCAAUGGGCACGGAUCACCUCGAGAGUUUGUGAGAAAUGGACAGACAAUGCCAUUUGAUAUUAGAGCUAGUGAUUCUCGGGAAUUGAGUCGGACUAAAUUUGAGAGCCGGGAGGCUGAUAAUGUGUUAGAUCUAUCAGACAAUGAGUCUUUGCCAAACGAACAACUCUCUCCACAUUUCCAACUAACAGAACGACCAUCAUUUAUAGAGAAAGAUAGUUGGUUUUCUGACGAGGAGAGAGAUCAGAAAGAUCAGCAUAGGUCAAGAUCUGAUACAGGAGAAAGUUCACAUGGGCACAAGAAAGAUGGAGCUGUAGCAAACAUGGGUCUACUGCAAGACGUGGAAUUAGAAUCCGUGAACUCUGGUAGUCACAAUACGCAAAAUUCAGGAUCAAAACAAUCUUCCCGUGUAUCAUCAGCUGGAAGUGACAGGCUUUCAGCCAAGAAUUCCUCUGGACAUUCUCAUGAAUCACAGUCAAAUUACUUUGAGGACCAAGUUCCUCUUUCUUCUUCUGUGCCAAAAUCACCAAAGGAGGUAUUUUCAGAGGUGGUGUCUGAGUUAGAGGACUUCUUUUCUGAUCCAGUACAACCUCAUACCAGAAUGGAAGGACAAAGGUCAAUGUCACCUUCUUACGGGUCAAGGUCUCACUCACGUUCUCCCAGAAUGUUAAAUGAAGGAAUAAACUUUGAAAGCUCUGAGAGCUACAGUGAACCUGACAAAGCUAGUACAAAUAUGAAUGGCUACAGUAGUCUCCCAAAUGGAGAAAUACAUGAUUUACCAAAUGGGUUUCAGGAGCCAUCGUCAAUGCCAAAUUUUUUCCUUCCAUCUCAACACUUGGCAGAAUCUAUGCAAGCCUUACAGCAAGUAACAGCAGGGCUUCCAUCUUCUAGUCAGCAGCACCCUGACCCUGAGAGACAGGCUGCUAAAGUACAAGCUACUGCCAACCUAAUGGGAAAACUGACUACAAAUAACCACAAAGUGAAGUUCUCCUCCAUACACACAAAAGGGAGACAACCUCCCACUGCAGCAGAGACCAAAAGAAUAGCAAAGAUAUUCUCUGAGAAGUUUUCAUCUAAAGACUGAUCAGUAAUUGAUCCUAAGUAGGGACUUGUUGUUGAUGGUAGUCUAGUUAGUAUAUAUAGUUGUGUAAAUGUAGAUUUGUAAGGGGUUUGAAAUCUCUCUUGUUGUGACAUGAGUUUCUGAUCUUCUUUUACAUGACAACGAAUGCUGUGAGAUGUUAAUCUUAAUGACAAAGCUUGUCUGUGAUAUGCCCUCAAUGCUUACUCCCCAACUACAUAUUCAUCAGUGCAUCAAUCGUCAUUGUUAUUUGUCAGUUAUUCAUACAUGUAUUCUCAUUCUAGACUUUGUUUUUGUUUUUCUUUGUCAUGAAAUUUCAAUUUCAUAAUUAAUGUUGAAUGGUUACCAGUAAACAGGCAUGUUAAUUUCCAUUUCUGAAAUUCCGAAAAAAAUGUUUCCGGUGCUUUUUCUUGGGCACUGUGGAGCAUACAUGGGCCCUAUUCCCAAAAUACAUUGUCUGCUCCCUAAAAAUUUCCUUCCCAAAAUUACGCACCUCCCAAAUUUGUGGGGAUAAGCCUUGGUUUCUUUAAUUUGCCAUCAAAAGGAAAACAGAUCCACCAGCAUAGCAACUGUGCAGCUGUCUUGAAUUCUUAAAUCAAGUUUGCUUUUUACAUGUUUUUAAUAAAAGGUAGCAAACAAAAAUCUUUUCUUUAUAUAAAUCAAAAGACACUCUCAAUGUAUUAAUGACCAAGUGAUAUUAAAUAAUCUCAGUAUUGCCAGUGAUUUGUAUGUGUAAGGUCCUUCUCUUGUGGUAAAUGAUAUUAAACCUGGUCACCACUCACCUCAUAAAAUAAAGAAAAACUUUUAAUUUUCCCAUAAAAGUAGACAUUGCUCUCAGAUGUCUUCCUGUCUUCUUUACCAAAUCAGAAAAUUUACUGUCCAGCUUGCCAGGAGAAAGCUUUCUUAAAAAUAGCACAAUCUCAAG